AUGCAGCGUUACCUGCGGCAACCAGAAGCGUAUCCGUUCCUGUGGUUACGCAUGCACAGCGACCAGAGUCUGGGUGAUGACCUGCGAACUGGACAGAUGCCCAGGUUUCAUAUUGUCUCUUUCCCCUCUCUUUCUGUAGAUGACCUCCUAGCAGUUACUGAGCUGAUGCCUCUGGAGAAAACCAAUGGCACUGACUCCCUUGACACAAAUGUGGACAGCUGUGACAAGUGGCUGAGCUGUAAGAACGACUUCCUCCAGAAGUACCUCCAUAAGGUGCUGACCGAACUACCCAGCUGCCCCUGCUCCUACCCGUCCGAGGCCGUCUACAACGCCGUCCACAUAUUCGACACGACGCUGCGUAAGACCUACCGCUGGCGCGACGCCUCCGGCCCCAGAGAACGCCUGGACAUUUACAAGCCUUCCGCUCGCUUCUGCACGCGCUCCAUGAUCUCCUCCAAUAGCACCACCCUGGCCGCGCAGCACUGUUGCUACGACGACCAGGCGAAGCUUAUCACGCGGGGUAAAGGGGCGGGCGCUCCGAACCUCAUCAGUACUGAGUUCUCGCCGGAGCUGCAUUACAAAGUGGACGUGUUGCCCUGGAUCCUGUGUAACGGGGACUGGAGCCGCUUCCACUCUGUGAGGCCGCCCAACAACGGGCUGCUGUGUCCCGACAACCCACACGAGGAGGUGCAUCAGGCUCAACUGGAGGAGGCCAGGGAGUACUGAUGGGGAGGAGAACUGAGACCCUGACCGGGGGAAGAGCUGGAAAGAGGGGGUAGAGAGAGCCACGUGGUCCCCAAUUAUGUCUGGAUUUCAGCAUAGACCACAUACUGAAUAUGUGUAGCGUUAACUAUCAGUUGGUUUGGGGAGAAAAGGACUCCUGGAUGUCCCAUCUCUAGCUCCUCCUUAUUCAGUGUUCGGUCACAUUGAGGCACGGAGUUUAUUAAUGACUGAAAUUGGACAUUUCUCCAAUCAGGGAAGCCGGCAACCA